AGGAUGAAUGCUAAUUUCCAAGAUGGCGGCGGAGGGAGGAGGGAAGGAGAUGAACGAAAUUAAAACUCAGUUCACCACCCGGGAAGGCGUCUACAAACUCCUCACGCACUCCGAAUACAGCCGCCCCAACAGGGUGCCUUUCAAUUCCCAGGGUUCCAACCCGGUCAAAGUCUCCUUCGUCAACGUCAACGACCAGUCCGGCAACGGCGACAGAAUCUGUUUCAAUGUGGGCCGGGAGCUAUACUUUUAUAUCUACAAAGGCGUCAGAAAGGCUGCUGACCUGAGCAAGCCUAUCGACAAAAGGAUAUACAAGGGAACACAGCCCACCUGCCAUGACUUCAACCACCUGACGGCCACGGCUGAGAGCGUGUCCCUGCUGGUGGGCUUCUCCGCUGGCCAGGUGCAGCUCAUCGACCCCAUCAAGAAGGAGACCAGCAAGCUCUUCAAUGAAGAAAGACUAAUAGACAAGUCGCGGGUAACAUGCGUUAAGUGGGUGCCAGGUUCAGAGACGCUCUUCCUGGUGGCACAUUCCAGUGGUAGCAUGUACCUGUACAAUGUGGAGCACACAUGCGGCACCACGGCGCCGCACUACCAGCUGCUGAAGCAGGGCGACAGCUACGCUGUGCACACCUGCAAAAGCAAGUCCACACGCAACCCGCUGCUGAAAUGGACGGUGGGUGAGGGCGCACUCAAUGAGUUCGCCUUCUCGCCCGAUGGCAAGUUCCUGGCGUGCGUGAGCCAGGAUGGCUUUCUGCGGGUGUUUAAUUUUGACUCGGUGGAGCUGCACGGGACCAUGAAGAGCUACUUUGGUGGACUGCUGUGUGUCUGCUGGAGCCCUGAUGGCAAGUACAUCGUGGCAGGCGGCGAGGAUGACCUGGUGACUGUCUGGUCCUUCCUGGACUGCCGGGUGAUCGCACGGGGCCACGGGCACAAGUCGUGGGUGAGCGUGGUGGCGUUCGACCACUACACGACCAGUGUGGAGGAAAGCGACCCCUUGGAGUUCAGUGGUAGUGACGAGGAUUUCCAGGACCAAAUCCACUUCGGCCGCGAGCGGGCCAACAGCACGCAGUCACGGCUCUCCAAGCGCAACUCCACGGACAGCCGGCCGGUCAGCGUCACGUACCGCUUCGGCUCGGUGGGGCAGGACACGCAGCUGUGCCUGUGGGACCUGACGGAGGACAUCCUGUUCCCCCACCUCCCGCUGUCCCGAACGAGGACACACACCAACGUCAUGAACGCCACCAAUAACCCCCCAGCAGGGGGGUCGGGGAGUGGGGGCGUUGGCGGCGUCAUAGGCAGCAACCCUGGCACCAAUGGCAGCAACAGCGGCGCCAGCACGCCCGGCAACUCCCUGCCGACGCUGCUGCCACGCUCCAACAGCCUGCCGCACUCCGCAGCCGCUGCCGCCACCAACAGCAAGGGCGGCGCUGUGGAUGGCGCCAUCGCCGCAGGCGUCAGCAAGUUCGCCACGCUCUCGCUGCAUGACCGCAAGGAGCGGCACCACGACAAGGACCACAAGCGCAACCACAGCAUGGGCCACAUCAGCAGCAAAAGCAGCGACAAGCUCAACCUGCUAGCCAAAACCAAAACGGACCCCGCUAAGACGCUGGGGACCACGCUCUGUCCCCGCAUGGAAGACAUACCCUUGCUAGAGCCCCUCAUCUGUAAAAAGAUAGCACAUGAAAGACUCACUGUCUUGAUAUUUCUUGAGGACUGUAUAGUCACAGCCUGCCAAGAGGGAUUUAUUUGCACAUGGGCAAGGCCUGGCAAAGUGGGUUUAUUGUCCUCCCAAAACCAGGCCAACUCACCUAGUGGGACUGUAGUAUAGCCACCGUGUUUCUGCUGCUAAGAGACCCUCGUCACAGAGACGUAAUGUUGCCACAGCCUGAUGCUGGCCUUCACCCGCACAGCAUUGCAAGAUUCUGUUCUCUUUCUUGGUUUCUUUUCCCGUUUUUGGUUCUUUUCGCUUUGAACAGAAACGGCCCAGUGUUUGGCAGAAGUCUGGAAGCAUAAACGGAAAGGAUGAGGUGCAAUUUUGGACAGCGGCUGACAGUGUCUCAGUAAUGCUUUUAUUUAUUUUCAGUCAGCGCCACUCAAACCGCCACCUCCACCACCACCACCACCACUUCAGUCCCUCACCUUAUGUCUCCUCCCUCUGGUCUUUCACUGGAGUUGGCACUAGACAGAGAUGGAAGUAAACCAGUCUGGCUUCUGUUUUCCUGCAGUCUGUCUUUACUACCCUGGAAUGUGGUACAGUCUCAUCACACCUGAUUAGUGGACAGAGCCACGGGAAAGGAACCAUUUGCCUCCAUCCAAAACCCUUUUAAAAAUGAGAGCAUUUUUCGUUAACAUUAGAAUCUCACCAUUUGAGUAUUUUGCACUGAUGUGUUUUGUUGUUUUACUUAACUACUAUAAAAGAACAAAAAAAAGAAAACAUUUGAGGGCAGCCUGGAUGCACUUGGGUUAUGGCAAGUCAUUAUCUUCUGGCUUGAAAUUUUAAAUCUGAAAGCUGGAUGCUGGAUAGUUUUUUUUAAAGAAAAAAAAAGAAACAUUGUUUGCACUUAAUAGUUUGUUAGAAGAGAAUGGCUUUACAAUUUUGGGGUGUGCAAGGACUCCCAGACAGUUACAAGGUGGAGAAAAUACUAAAUGAUUGAAACCUUUUUAUCUAUUGAGCAUUUAUUUUAAUAUUGUUUCAAAUUAAAACCUGCUCUGUAUUAUAUGUAUAAAAUUGUUAUUCAGUGAUUGAU